AUGCCUGGCUCAACGAUUGAUACCCCAGCCGUUGCGCUGUCUUUCGCAAACAACUUUUGGGGUAAAGAAGAUGCCGGAGUCACACCUUUGCUCAGUCGCAUGACUGCGGCCAAGACAACAUGCGAUGAAUUGCGAGCAUUCUAUGGCGCUCGGGCAUCGAUCGAAGAGGAAUACUCCCGCAAACUACUAAAUCUUAGCCGCAAGGCCCUGGGUUCUCAAGAAUCCGGUACACUAAAGACAUCCUUGGAUACCGUCCGAGGCGAAGUGGAACAGAUGGCCAAGCAGCAUCAGCUUAUCGGUGCAGAGAUGAAGUCUGAACUCGAAGAACCACUAGCUGCUUUUACUGGUGGAAUGAAGGAGCGCCGGAAGAUUAUACAAAAUACUGUCGAAAAACUACUCAAGGUCAAGAUGCAGCAGACACAACAAGUCAACAAGACAAGAGACAAGUAUGAGCAAGAGUGUUUAAAGAUCAAAGGAUACCUUGCCCAGGGCCACAUGGUCAUGGGCCAAGAAGAACGUCGCAACAAAGCCAAACUAGAAAAGACACAGAUAGCUCUCGCCGCUUCCAGCACCGAAUACGAAAAUGCCGUCAAAGCACUCGAGGAUACGACAGCCCGAUGGAACAGAGAAUGGAAGGCGGCUGCCGACAAAUUUCAAGACCUCGAAGAAGAGCGUCUGGACUUUACUAAGAGCAGUAUGUGGACAUUUGCGAACAUUGCCUCAACGGUAUGUGUCAGCGAUGAUUCGUCAUGUGAAAAGAUUCGACUGUCUUUAGAGGUUAUGGAUGUGGAGAAGGAUAUCAUCACCUUUAUCACUGAGAAGGGGACCGGACAAGAGAUCCCAGAUGCACCCAAGUACAUCAACUUUUGCCGUGGGGACGUGACAGACAACCAGUCUGAGACGUCAGAGGACGACAACUACUCAGUAGCCCAGUUCCCUCGCAUGAUCAACCCUGCUUUCAGAUCGUCCUCUCCUCAACCAUCAACCUUUGAGUCGCAUCAUGAUCCGAACUCUGCAUUGGCAAAGGAGCUGGCACACAAGGAUAACGCCCCGGCCAAGCGCGAACCCAAUGCUCCAGUUCAGAAGUCGGCCACGCUGCCUCCUGACGAUAUACUCCAAAUUGGUCCUCAGAAGACCCAGCCCCAACAGAUCCAGGCGGCUCCUCAGCAACGUCAACAACACCAAUCUCAGAUGCAACAUUCCUCUCAACUACAGCAUCCCUCCCAGCUUCAACACCACUCUCAGCUUCAACGGCCCUCCCAGAUGCAGCGUCCGUCCCAGCUACAGCACCCUUCUCAGUUGCAGCACUCUUCUCAACCACACCAUCACUCACAACUGCAGCAUCCUUCUCAGCUACAACACCCUUCUCAGCUUCAAUACCCUUCUCAAUCGCAGCGUUCGUCUCAGCCACAGCGUCCUUCUCAGCAUCCCGCUCAACUGCAGCAUCAACCUCAACAACAAUACUCUCCGCAACGCCAGCACCUUUCUCAGCAGGCCCCUCAGAGCGCGGAUCAUCGUAUGCAACAGCAAAUGAGACCGUUGGAGAUGCGACCUACAGACAUGAGGAACGCAAAUAUGCGACAACACGAACCCAGACCUUCUUUGGAAAUGCGUUACUCUGGGGAAGUGCGACCUUCGAUGCAAUCUCGACCUAGUGUCGACACAAGACAGGUACCAGAUGCCAGAACUUCUUUGGAGCUACGAAGACCUAUUGAGGACCCUUCCCGCCGUCAGCAACCUACAACCUAUACUGCAUAUGAUGCUAACCAGCACGGUGCGGUUUCGGCGGUUCCCCAUGAUCCCUAUCCCAUGGAGGGCAUGACUAUGCUCUGCAGGACGGGCCCAAGCCCAAUCUCAGAUCACAGUUCGCAGGUAACAUCGGCUCGACCUUCGAGCAGGGACUCGCAUAGUGAUUACUCGAACCCGAACUCGUUCUCUAGCGUCGAACCCCCGAGCGGUAAGACCUCGCCUGUUAAGCAGGAUCCCAUCAGACAGGAUCCAGCUCCCGCCCCCGCGCCAGCUCCUGUACAAACACGAGCACCUCCACCUGUUACAGCGCCUGCACCAGCUCCCGUACAGUCACGCGCACCGGCACCAGUUGCAGCAUCGGCACCAGCUCCUGUGCAAGCACGCGCACCUGCUCCUGUCCAAACACGCGCAUCAGUUCCAACGCCAACGCCAGCUCCGGCUCUCACUCCAGCUCCCAAGCCAGCCCCUACUCCAGUUGCUGCCGCCCCUGCACCUACACGCGCCGCUGUCACCCCUGCUACCAGUCCUGUUAAACUGGUUGCUAAGAAGAAGAGUGGCGGUUUCCUUAAGAAUCACAGUCCUUUUAGACGCAAGAGCCAGAAGGAACUCCAGCAGCCAAACAGGAACACUUGGCACGCAUCAAACACUCCAAGCUUGAGCAGCCCGGUUCGCAGACCCCAGCCGCAGACUCAAGAGCCAACAAACAAUGUGGUGACUCAAGAACGUACUCAGAGUCCUGAGCCAAUUGACGCCAACGCCAGUCUAGCUCUUGGUGUUGGGCAGAAUGUCUUCCCAGUGUCAACCCCUGACACGAAAAAGACGCCCGGUGCUGCCACAGCUCAAGAGCCUGCAGAAGAGAUGGACCCUAUCGCACUUGCCCUCGCGGAACUUAAGGGCGUUACCUUGGGCAAGAAUUCCUCGAUGAGGGUCUCAGCUGAUCAUUAUUCUGGCAUUGCUACCCCAGCAUCGGGUUCUGAAGCCGCCUCGCGGCAAGCUUCUGCCACUCGACCAGCACCAACUGCUUCGAACCCUGAUAUCGCGGCGGCAAAGAGAGGAACGCCCCCACCAUCGUAUCAAACACCGACAUCACGCUUGGGCGUUCCACCGCCUGCCGUCACCUCAAGGGCGAUGAAGGAGGCCACGAAGAAGGCUACGUCGCAAACACGCAGCAUGUUCGAGAAUGGAGGCAGUACACCAGGAACGUUUAACAGCACUUCCUCGAGAACCAAUACUCGUGCCACGGAAGCCAAACGAGCAGAGCCAUCUUUAAGCCAAAGUGUUCCACCAACUGCUUCGCGACCCGCCACUAGAACUGCUACACACGGUAGGGGUGAGUCUGGAAGCUAUAGUUCAGCGUCCAUGUCUCGACCAGGCACUCGAGGUACCGAAAUGGGCCGAGGAGAACCUGCCGGUUAUGGUACAUCGCCUGCACGAUCAGGAACAAGGGCAACUGACAUGUCUCGUCCGGACACGCGAGGCUUCAAUGCCAGUCCCCUUUCACGGCCCGGCACGAGAGGAAGCGACAUGUCGCGCGGAGGAUCUGGUAUUUACGGCACAUCACCAGGCUCACGACCAGGCACUAGAGGCACCGAUAUGCCCAGAGCUACCUCGCCAGCUCCAGCUCCAGCCAGGAGUGUUUCUCCCCAACCACCGAUUAACGACAACAUGAGUUAUAGAUCGGUAUCUCCAAACCCUUAUGCGGCUAGCCAACGCUCUCCCUCCGUUAUGAGCUCACCACAGAAGCACGGCUCUGCUCAAGGUUACUACCCCCAAUCCCCGGCCAGUCGUGGGCCCUCCCCUUCGCCUUACGGUCAGCAGAGCCGACCUGGGAGCGGCUAUGCAGGCAGCGAUAUGGCAAUUCAACUGGCGCCGGUUUCGGAUCCUUAUGGUUCUGUGAGAAGUGGAGGCAGCCGCCCUGCUUCUAGGGCCAACAGCUACUACGAUGAUGGUAGCACCCGUCAGCGCAGCCAGAGCGUUGCUGAUCCUUCACGACUGUACACUCCUGACGGCAGAGCUAUUCUGCAUUAUGCACGCGCUCUGUACAUGUACCAAGCCGCCAUUCCCGAGGAGCUAGGCUUUGCCAAGGGCGAUUAUCUUGCCGUCCUGCGUCACCAAGACGACGGAUGGUGGGAGGCAGAAGUCCAUGGCGGAGAUGGAAGCGUUGGGCUGGUCCCAAGUAACUACCUUGCGGCAUGCUAA